AUGGCAAACUCCUUCACUCGCAUGAUUGCUGGCCGCAACACAGCAGUGAUUUUGGCCAGUAUUGGGGCCAGCACUCUGGCAUCUGGAUAUCUCCUCCAUGAAAGUGCUGCUGCAGCUGAGAGGAGGAAGAUCUAUCCUCCCAGGUACAUGUGUGAGAGUGUAUGUGUUUUAAUAGUCAUAUGUAGAACCUUGUCACAUGUUACUCCUGCAGAAAUCUGCUGUUUCUUUAACAAAAUCAAACCCUACCAGGAUGAUACAUGAUUUUGUCAAACCUAUACAGUCUAUGGUUAAACUCGAUCAAAACUUACAUAAAUCAAAUGUUAAGAACACUUCCAUCAUUGAAGGUCACUCACCGUACUAACAUCCUCUGAAAAAAACGGUUAAGUAAUUCAGUGUAUCUUGGUUAAUCUGUAGCUGAAAAAAAAUAUUAAAUAUUGCCUCUUUGCUUAACCUAAGCAGUUUGAAAAUAACAUACUUUAACCCAUUAGCAACACUAAGACAACCCUCCACAUUAGCCUUAUUUCCUCAGCUAAUCUUACUGUUUAUUGAUACAUGUCACAAUAUGAUGGCCAUAAGGACUCAUGCUUGCUUCCUAACCUGGACUUCACAUUGGAGAAACAUGGCUGUUGUAUACAUUUGCUGAACAUUUCUGUAAAACUCAUCCUUUUUAAAUUCACAAGUACUUUGCCUGACUCGACUGUGAGGACUUGUAGAAAACUUGUUAGGCCAUAGUUGUCCAUGACUCUCUACAGCGCAGACUUCCCUGACCUGAGGAAGCACAACAACUGCAUGGCAGCAGCCCUGACCCCGAAAAUGUAUGCACACCUGAGGGACAAGGUUACCCCCAACGACUGGACCCUGGAUCAAUGCAUCCAGACCGGGGUGGACAAUCCAGGUCACCCCUUCAUCAAGACUGUGGGCAUGGUGGCCGGAGAUGAGGAGAGCUACGAGGUUGGAGCCAUUGUUUGUAUUCAGUUGUGUUAUAACCAGAUCUGAACUGUUCAAAACUGAGAGUUUGACUUUUCCUGUUCAGGUGUUUGCUGAAAUCUUUGAUCCUGUGAUCAAGGAUAGACACAAUGGCUACGAUCCUCGCACAAUGAAGCACCCUACUGACCUGGAUGCUUCCAAGGUAGUGACUACUUUCCAGCCAUCAAUUCCUGUAUUUGAUCUUGUAUUGAUCAUAGUUAGAUGGCAACCAUUUCUUAUGAUGUUUAACUUAACCCACUGAGCAACGGACGGCUAUUAGACAUCUAGUUUUUUUUAAACCUAAUUUUAACCGUCUAGAUUCUGGAUAGUUUUAGACAGAAUUUGGAUGUUGCACUUAUACCCAUCAUUUGGCAACUAUUAAUUUCAAAAAGCAACUGUGAGUUACACAACUGAUCUCCAAGUACUUAACCAAAAUAAUGAUGAUAGCCAUUGAGCAAUAUACAGUGUAGUUUAGAUAUAGCCCAGAUUUAGACUUGGUCUAAACUUGGUCUAAAUAGACACAAUAGCAAAUUGAUAUUUGUGGUUUCAUUCCUGAGUAUGGCUUAUUGAUCCCAAAGAUCUGACCAGAUAAGUCAGUCAACACUCUGAAAAUGUCCUCUACAUCCAUUCUCAGGUCACCUCUGGUAUGUUUGAUGAACGCUAUGUGUUGUCAUCCCGCGUCCGCACUGGCCGCAGCAUCCGUGGACUGAGUCUCCCCCCUGCGUGCUCACGCUCCGAGCGUCGUGAGGUGGAGCGUGUGGUUGUCACAGCUCUGGCUGGUUUGAAAGGAGACCUGGCCGGUCGCUACUACAGCCUGGGAGAAAUGACUGAUAGGGAGCAGCAGCAGCUUAUUGAUGUAGGUACACAAUCACACAUCCCCAAAACCAGGUUUAUAACUCCUCUUUUUAACUUUCUAAUAUGACUUUUGCCAUCCAACGCCCACCUUGGUUCCCUCACUGGUCAAUCAGGAGCACUUCCUCUUUGACAAACCUGUAUCACCUCUGCUAACUGCAGCUGGGAUGGCCAGAGAUUGGCCUGACGCCCGAGGGAUCUGGUAAGACUGUAGGGGAGAGUUGGUGGCUUGGUGGUCUACUAAAAAGUGUAGCUGCUUGCAGUAGUUUUUGUAGAUCUGAGAGAGUGUGCCAGAAAGUAUUUCACUCUUUACUUUGCAGCCAGCACUAGAUGUUAGUUUGUGCUUGGGUGGAUAGUAGUUUUAGUUUGGGAAGACAACAACACUGAUUCCUGCUUUUGACCAUCAUGAACUGCAGCUUCUAAUGUUCAGUCCAUGUUUUACUAACUUAUAUGCACUGUUUUUUUUAUUUGAUUUAAACGGGUAUUAUGCAUCAUUACGCACUACUUUCAUUCAGUUAGACCAAAAUCCAGUAGAGUAAACUGACACACUCCUGUGAUGUAAAGUAAGAAAAUUCAUGAGGGAAUUGUCUGCUGCUAUAACUGCUAACAAGGCUAACUGUCUUUUAGCAUGUGCCUAAUACAUUGCUGACUUUAUUCUUCAAGAACAGUAGCUCCUUUAGACCAAUAGGUUGCUUUAUAUCCCUUUAAAUGUAUCCUUAUAAUUUAAAAAAGCCUCUUUCUCUACCUCCACAGCUUUAAGUAGUGCCUUUCUAAUUCCUACCUGUACUGUCACAACCUUUGUCUAACCUGACACUGAAAGCAUUUACUCUGCUGAGUGUGUGAUUGUGUGAUUAUGUUUCACUAAUUGUGUUAGGCACAACAAUGAGAAGAACUUCUUAAUCUGGGUCAACGAGGAGGAUCACACCAGGAUCAUAUCCAUGGAGAAAGGAGGGAACAUGAGGAGAGUAUUUGAGAGGUUCUGCAGAGGUCUGAAACAGGUGAUCAUGUCUCUGGUGUCUUCUGGAUCAUUUUUGAAUCAGUCAUUUACUGGAAAAGUAUAAUCAUGCAUUUGGCCUCAUUGCAGAUAUUUUAAAGACUUUGGCCCAAAAAGUGCCUCAAAAAGUUACAAUAUAAACAUUUUUUUUUCUCAAAACUUUAAGGUGGAGCAUUUAAUCCUGGAGAGAGGUUGGGAGUUCAUGUGGAAUGAGCGCCUGGGCUACAUCCUCACCUGCCCCUCCAACCUGGGCACCGGGCUGAGGGCUGGUGUUCAUAUCCGACUGCCUCUUCUCAGCAAGGUAUUGCUGGAAACGCUGCCAUUUCACCUCAAGCACAGGGGGCACAAAAUCCCCACUGAAUUAAGGUUCUCCUCUCUGACAGCAGUUUAAUAUGUGUUAUUUUUAUGUUAAAGGACCCUCGCUUUAAGAAGAUCCUGGAUAAUCUGAGGCUACAGAAAAGAGGCACAGGAGGUGUUGAUACGGCUGCUACCGGAGACACCUUUGACAUCUCCAACCUAGACCGUCUGGGCAAGUCAGAGGUAAACACCUAAAGAGGGAGACUGCAGCAGGAAAUGAGCAGCAGGCAAAGAAAGACAGAGCAGAGCAACAGGUGUGGGCUGGGAAACCGGCACCCCCUGCUGCUCUUUAAUCUGUAAUCCAGGCAGGGAGGGCUGUGCCAGUUAAGGUUAAAAGACCUCUCUCUGCUCAUGCUGCACCUCCUCACAGACUGUGAUGGCCUCCAACACGCCCCACUAAUGGAAGGUUGAUAAAGGUGAAAGUUGUUUAAGGCUAGGGUUGUUGUUGUUGUGGUGUGAGUCUGCCAAAAACAGCGAAGUAGAGCCAGCCCAGCCUGAAGGGCUUAACACGGGGAGCAGCAGCGUUUGUGUGAACUUGGCCAGUGUUGCCAUAAAGCCAGCAGGUGAUGACAGGUAGGGAAGCCAAUGUAGACAUGCUGCAGUGUAGUAAGUGGACAACAUGGGCCAGACAACUUCAACUCAGAGACAGUCAUAAAUUGAGGGGAGCAUGCUGCACUCACUGAAGAGAAAAAAACCCAAAGCAUUUAUUCAGCCUCAAAAAGAUAUUUGUCUUCAAACUGUGAGAAGAGGUUUUAUAAAAUCUAUAUUAAAAAUGUAACUUCAGUAGCACUGGGCAGCUGUCCAGUGGUUUAAGUAUUUGCCUAAUCAUCUUUUAAGUCACCAUAUUAUUGUACAUUUCAGAAGCAUUGUCACUAUCCACAAACCAUACCAUAUCAGCUUAGUUGAUUCUGGAGAAACGCUGCAGAUCAGAAUCGUCUUCAAGACUGAAAAACCGCCAUAUAGUGCCUUAGAGCCCUACUGCACCAGUGCAUCAUCUACAGACCCAUACUAAUAACAAACAUCAUCAAUACCGUGUUACUUAAAGACACUAGUAUUCUUUCGUGUCUAAAACCGAAACUAUAAACAGUACUGCAUAUAGUCAUAGUGCAUGUUUCCUUUCUUGAGCGGCAUAAACAAGCUUCUGUCGGGAUUUUGAGAAAUACUAAGGCCAAAGGCCAGGUCCUUGAUUUAAAAUAGCAAAAUGCCACCAAAUAAGUGCAUGUAAUAUGCUUCUAUAUAAACAUGCAAAGACGAAGAUCCAUGAGUUGGAGUUUUUUGCAUUGUAAAGGAAAAUGAGCUUGUUUAGAAGUGCUUGGGUUUAUUGUCACUACUGAUAUUCUACCAAUAAUACAUGCACAUCUCUUAAAAAUGCAGCAUAAAAAAGUUUAAACUUAAUCUUGCAGCAAAAUAUAAAUUAAACUAUAAGAUGUUAGGAUGGCAUUAUCAAUUGACUUUCCUUCUUUCUGCACAGCUGUUUACUGUAGGUGCCCAAAGACAGAUUCUUGUCCUGCUCCAAAGUCUUCUAUUAUUGUUUCUAAACAUGACACUAAUGACUUUUUUAAUAUCUAUAUCAAUUUAACGGAAUCCCUCUCAUUUUGUAUUUGUGUUAACAUGUAGUUAAGUGUACAGUCUUCUAGAAGUUACUGCAGGAAAAGAACAAAAGCAACAGUAUGUUAAAACUGCUUAUUUCACUUGUUUGUACUCCUUGAUGCAGAGAGCAAUUGCUCAAAUCAACUGUGUUUCAUAAAAUCAAAUUCAAUCCCACGAGCCUCUCAUCUCUGAGUACAACUUGGUUAGGUUUGUCAAGACUAAAGUGAAUUCUUUUCAUGACUAUAAAUGCAAAUAUACCUCAAAUGUGCACAUCCUUUAUGUGAUUUUGACACCAGUUUGACACCAGUCACCCUGUAUCCACAGGUGGAGCUUGUGCAGUUGGUGAUUGACGGAGUGAACUACCUCAUUGAAUGCGAGAAAAGACUGGAGAGAGGGCAGGACAUCAAGAUCCCCUCCCCCAUCCCUCAGUUCAAGAAGUAA